AUGGUGCUCCUGAAAAUUCUUAAGAAAAUAAAAGAAAAGCAAAAAAACUUAAGGAUAAUCAUACUAGGGUUGGACAACGCGGGAAAAACUACAAUCGUGAAGAGAUUAUUAGGGGAAGACAUUUAUAAGGUAAGUCCCACGUUCGGAUUUACCAUUGAGACGUUGCAGUUUGAUAAACACCUUAUUAAUAUAUGGGAUAUAGGGGGACAGAAAAGUAUUAGGCACUUUUGGAAAAAUUAUUACGAGAAUGUAGAUGGCAUUAUUUAUGUCAUCGAUAGCUCUGAUUUGUUCAGAAUCCAAUUGUGUUCAUAUGAGUUGAAGCAAAUUUUAAAGGAGGAGAGACUAUACGGAUGCUCCUUACUGAUUUUAUCUAACAAGGUGGACAUAGAGAACUCUUUAAAAGUGGAGCAAAUCGUUCAGAUUUUGAAGCUAAACGAAAUGAACAUUGAUCGCCACUGGUGCAUAAAUGAGUGCAGCGCUUUUUCGGGAAAGGGCUUACUAAAGUCGUUUAUGUGGUUGAUCGAUGACAUAAGCUACAGAAUUAACAAUACUUACUGA